CUAUAUUAAGCGAUGAAAUUUAGAGAAUUAUCGAGCUGGAAUGUCGGCGGAGGGUCGAUGUGUCAUUGCACUAUGUAGAAAAUAUAUCGACUGGCCUUUACGCCGUGGGUAUUAAUAAGUAAUUUUAGCUGUUUAUGUUCAUACUCGACGAUACGGUGAAAUCGUUUGGAUAGGAAACUAUAGUGCACGUUUCCUAAGUACGUAUUUGAAUAUCUAAGAAUCCAAUUCGACGUAUCACCGAUAGUAAGAAAUAAAAGAAAAAUUAUACGGAUAUCUACGUCACCGCAAUGAAAGACCUGCAGAUGAACCCAAACACCGUUAGACAGUGGCUUCAGCGAGGGGAAAUCGAGAAGUUGGAAAAUGUGGUACUGGAAGGUCGAGGAACCCGAUUGCUGGGUGAAAAUUCCCCGGACCUUCGAACGCGGGUUUUCCUAAAGGGCCUGCCGAUCUACCUGACGAAAAUCAGCCAGGUUCACGACGCGACGGUACGCGGCGCCCUGGGUGACGUCCAACGGCUGAUCCUCGACGAGCCGAAGAAGAAAUUGGCGACGUCAAAGGACUCCGCGGGUAUUCCUCUCCUUCACAAAGCCGUGUACUAUGAUCACCAGGACAUCGUUGAAUAUCUGGUAGAAAAUUACCCCGCCACAACCCAGCAGCGGGACAGAGAGGGCAGAACAGCGCUGCACUACUGCUCAGCUUGCGCAACGCCAGACAUCGUUUGGGAGGUCCUGGUGAAGGGUGGCUGUGACACGAGUCUCUGGGACAAGCAAGGUCAUCCGGCAGCUUACUACCUCGAGCAUACGGGGGAGGUGGAAUUGCCCGAGGUUGAAAAAAUGCAGGGAAGAAAAGUUUACAGCUUUAAAGAGACAUUGGACUUCAAGCCGUCGAAUAUACGGAUAUGGAUUCAUAAUCGGGACAUCGGUAAACUGCAGCAAGUACUAUGGGAGGGCCAUGGGUUGAAAUUGCGGUGCGAGACGAGCAACAAUCCUCGAGUCAAGAAGUUUUUAGAAGCAGUGCCGUUCAUAAUGGGCACUGUGAAAGACAUUCAUACUGCGACAGUUAAAAACGACGUUGAUGGGUUCAGGCAAAAAGUGAGCGAUCCCGUUUGCCCGGUAAUACUCACCAGCAAAGAUGCCAACGGUCUGAACGUUCUCCACAAGGCCGCGGGAUUGGGGCAUACUGAAAUUGCCCGAGAGAUCCUGACCAGGUGUCCUGAGACGAUUGAUAUGCAAGAUUCCGAAGGCAAGACUCCGCUCCAUUAUGCCGCAGCCCUGAAGGAUGACGGGAUCAUGUACGAUAUGCUGGUCCAAAGCGGCGCCAACGAAAAUCAAAUGGAUAACAGACAAAAGACAGCGUCCUUCUACAAGAACCGACCGUCGGACGUAGACGCGACAAAUUUGGUCGUCAUACCAGAAGCACCGCGCGUUUCCGGUACAUCUUACCCGAAGAACUGGGACUGGCGAAUCUUGGAAGCUGGAGAAACAGUUGUUAGAGGGGUGAAGAAAGCUGUGAGCAACGCGGACAUUGACAGUGCUUUCGGGAGUCCUGAGGCACCCUCAAAGUCGGAGGAAAGCGAGAAGGAAACGUUCGGGAAUGGUUUCAAAGACGAUGGGAAGGAUGACUUGGAGGAGCAGAUAAAACUCGCCCACGACGAGCUUGAGCACAAGGAACCAGAGAGGAAAUCGGAAUCCGAGCCAGAAGCGGAACCGGAACCAGCGCAGGAACCGCAAUCUGAAACUGGAGUAAUAACAGAAUCAGAUCCAGAACCAGAGAAAGAGCCAGAGCCAGAGCUAGAGCCAGUACCAGAGUCAGAGACAGAGCCAGAGCCAGAGCCAGAACCAGAGACAGAGACAGAGACAGGGUCUAAGCCCAUGGUGGACCCGUUAAAGGAGGAAACUGAGGAGGAUUCUUCGGACGAUGAUGUGGUGGUGAAAAAUUCCAAGAUGGGUUCGGAAGGCGAAGCUAACCGGGAAGUCAGGGAGAUCAAGGAAGCGGUUCUAGAUCAGCACAAGGAACAGGACGCUCUUGGAGAAGAGACAAAAGGGGACCACGACGAACGAACUGAACCAAGCACCGGGGAUUCUGGACUUGACGAUACGGUUCACGAGGAUGAUCAGGUGAUAGUCGGUGAACACGAAGAACUACCCGAAGCCGAGCUGAACGAUGGAAGUAUGACGGUUGAUCCAGAAGUUGAGGAUCUCGUUGAAAACGGGAACAUGGAGCAGCUCGCUGCUUUGGUGCUCAACGGCGAGGGUCGCAGACUCGUCGGAAGGCAUUCGAGCAACCCUGAACUUCAGGCGUUCAUCGAUAACGUCCCUGCCUACAUGGGAAAAAUACACGCCAUUCACAUGGCGGCGCGCGAAGGUAACUUGCGAGACCUUCAGGGGGCCUUGGAUCGUCGUAAAUUUGCAAUUGCAAGAGACGGCUCAUCGCCAAACGGAGCAACGCCUCUGCACGUGGCCGUAAUAUUCGGACACACCGGUGUAAUAAGGUACCUUGCUGGCAGGUUCGCAGAAACCGCACACGCUCCAGACCGGGACGGUAGGACGCCUCUUCAUUACGCAGCCACCCUCGCCGACAACGGGCAUUACUACAACCUCCUUCUGCACCUCGGAGCGAAUCCUAUGGUCCAAGAUAACUUUGGGCACAAAGCGGAUUAUUAUAAAACUAAUCCGGAGGACUUUUCGCAUAAAAAAUUACUGCGGGAUUUCGGGGCGCACGAAAAGAUUGCCGACGAAAUGUUGACAGAUAAAGUUCCCGGAGGAGACACAUAUUCCGCACGGCGCGAUGUGACAGAACCGGAAACCCUGGUGACCCUGGAGCGUUGUUUCAAGCUGUUGGCAGGUGGUGGACGUCGAGGUUCAUUGUCCGGGUUAAACUCAACGAAUACUGGAGAGUCCACGAUCGACAUCCCCAUUUUUCGAACCGACGAGGGCCACUACCUCGCUUCUUCCCUUGGUGAUCCACUGAUAAAGGGACUAACCGAAGUAGCAAACACCCGCCCUAAGGAUCCCGUUACCUAUCUGGCAACGUACUUGUACAACUUCGCCAGCAAGAACAAGCCAAGAGUGAAAACUCAGGAAUCGAACGUCUUGAUAAUAUCGGAACGCGAGCAGGAAUCCCAUGAACAUCCAGCCGAUGAUGACGCCGGUUAUCCCCAGAGUCCGGAUUCGGAUGCUGCCGAUUCCACCCUGAACAAUAAUUACAACAGGGACGAGCAUGGCCAGAGUCUCCUGCACUUUGCCGCCGUUCGUUCCCACGCUGCAAACGGAUUAUUCCAGUUUCUACAGGAGUCGGACGUGAACGUCGGUUUCAGGGAUGAGCUCUACAGAACGGCAAGAGACGUCGCACACCAAGCCGGAAUCCCGGAGAAUAUUGCUGAGAUUGAUCGCUGGGUUGUCUACUUGGCAGCCAGAGGUGAAACCGAAAGACUCGUAGAGCUUCUGCUCGAGGGAUACGACCACAUCCUGGACGUCAAGGAUGACGGCGUGCAGAUCAUCGACGUUGCCACUCAGCGAGGACACGAGGCCACCGUUCAGUUCCUUCAAUCUAUACCAAACUUUGUGUCCCGACGUGAAGAAGUUCAUCAGGCAGUGCGACGGGGUGAUACUAAUACCGUUAAAGAGCUCCUGAGCGACGGUAACGGAGGAGGCCGUCUGCUGGCUGUGGGAAAGAAUUCGAUGGGUCGUUGCGCCCUUCACAUCGCGACCCUGGGACAGCACGUUGAAAUGGUCAAGUUUAUUGCCCAGAAUUAUCCUGAGACUCUGAAGAUCGGAGAUAACCUAGAGCGAACUGCCCUGCAUUACGCGAUGGGCGUCGAAGCUGUAGAAGAUUUGAGUAACGUUUUGAUCAAGUGUGGAGCAAAACGAGUUCAUAAAGAUUUGAAAGCACGACAACCGUCGUACUACUUUAUGAACAAAUCUGAGAUUCAAAGACUUCAAGAGGAAGAAGAGGAACUAUUGAACAAUUAAGAAUUGCGAGGUUGUUACAACACCAGGGAUUUAGUUAUUGUAUACAACGAACGAUCAGGAUAUACCAUAUAGUAUUAUGUGAUAAUAUAUAAAGAGUAUAACAAUUAACUAAAUAUUUACUACGAGUGACGAAAGUAUGACCGAUAUAUACGCUGUAUGUCGAAUACCUAUAUCGGGACCGUUUAAAAUUACUGCUUCGACACUGAACGAGAUGCAAAAAUUUUAUAGCCUGGGUAAACUAAAUUAAAUGUAUGUCAAAGUAAACAUUUUGAUUAUGAAAAAAAAAAUAAAGCUGAUAUAGGAUUCUGGGAAUGUAAA